UAUGAUUGUGAAUUUUUGUUUUUUCAGUAAUAAAUUCCAACUUGUUACAAUAGUUCUUCCCUUUAGAAAUUUUCAAGAAAUCUAUUGAAAUUUUUGUCUUACUGGAAAAUAUAGGAAAACAAACAGCUACUGAAAAUAAUUCAAGGAAGUGAAUUUGUGGGGGGGGGGGGGUUACGGACUGCUCACUGAACUGCCCAGUACUGUUGAGUUUUCUGUUUCCAUCUCCAUUUGAAGAACAGUAGGUGGAGCUAUUUAAGGUUCACAGACCAAAAAUCCUCUCCCGGAGUUCACGACUGUGCAGUAAUUGGUUCGGACUCUGAGCGCCGCUGUUCACCACGGGGAAGGAAAAGCAGGGAAGCCCUGCUUGCUUUGCAUGCGCCUAAAACACAAUGCGGACAGAUUGAGACAAAACCCCUCUAGGAGCAAACUGGCCUGGAGGAACUCGUCCCACCUCCUAACUGUCUUGCUCCAAGGCUUCAAAAGCAGAUUCUGGUUCAGGUGAUCACAGGCAGAAUUGGAAAUAAUCCUCAGUUGGUGAUGAUCCCCAUGCAACGGCGGGAGGACUGCAAAGGGCUGGUCUUCCUGGGAGUCCUCCUCGGGAUGCUGUGGAAAGCUGGAUCCACCCAGAUACGCUAUUCGGUUCCCGAGGAGCUGGAGAAAGGAUCUAGGGUGGGCAACAUCUCCAAGGAUCUGGGGCUGGAGCCCCGCGAGCUGGAGAAGCGAGGGGUCCGCAUCGUCUCCAGAGGUAGGGCUCAACUUUUCGCUCUAAACCCUCGAAGCGGCAGCCUGGUCACCGCGGGCAGGAUAGACCGGGAGGAGCUGUGUAUGGGGUCCAUCAAGUGUCAGUUAAAUCUAGAGAUUCUGAUGGAAGAUAUAGGGAAAAUAUACGGAGUAGAAAUAGAAGUGAGGGACAUUAACGACAACGCUCCCUACUUCCGUGAAAGUGAAUUAGAAAUAAAAAUGAGCGAAAACGCCGCCGCUGGGAUGCGGUUCCCUCUUCCCCACGCUUGGGAUCCAGAUAUCGGGAAGAACUCGCUUCAGAGCUACCAGCUCAGCCCGAAUGCUCACUUCUCACUGGAGGUGCAGAACGGAGCUGAUGGUAACAAGUACCCAGAAUUGGUGCUGGAGAGCUCGCUGGAUCGGGAGGAAAAGGCCGCUCAUCUCCUAGUCCUCACCGCUUCCGACGCGGGAGACCCGGUUCGCACUGGCACAGCGCGCAUCCGCGUGAUGGUUGUGGAUGCGAACGACAACGCACCUGCGUUUGCUCGGUCCGAGUACCGCGUGAGCGUGCGGGAGAACGUGGCUGUGGGCACUCAGCUGCUGCUGGUCAACGCCACCGACCCAGACGAAGGCGCCAAUGCGGAAGUGAUCUAUUCCUUCCGGUACGUGGACGACAAGGCAGCGAAAGUUUUCAAGCUGGACAGUAACUUGGGGACAAUAUCAACAAUAGGGGAGCUGAAUCAUGAAGAAUCGGGGUUCUACGAGAUGGAGGUGCAAGCUACAGAUAACGCGGGAUAUUCUGCACGGGCCAAGGUCCUGGUCACAGUUCUGGACGUGAACGACAAUGCCCCUGAAGUAGCCAUCACGUCCCUCACCAACUCUGUCCCAGAAAACUCUCCCCAAGGGACAUUAAUAGCACUUUUAAACGUAAAUGAUCAAGAUUCUGGGGAAAAUGGACAGGUAAUCUGUUCCAUCCAAGAGAAUCUGCCCUUUAAGUUAGAAAAGUCUUACGGAAACUAUUAUAGAUUAGUCACAGAUGCAGUCCUGGACCGAGAAGAGGUUCCUAGUUACAACAUCACAAUGACCGCCACUGACAGGGGAAGUCCGCCCCUGACAACAGAAACUCACCUCGCACUGGACAUAGCAGACACGAACGAUAACUCGCCCGUUUUCCUUCAGGCCUCAUACUGGGCCUACAUCCCAGAGAAUAACCCUAGAGGGGCCUCUAUCGCAUCCGUGACCGCCCACGACCCCGACAGUGACAAAAAUGCCCAAGUCACUUACUCCCUAGCUGAGGACACCCACCAGGGCGUGCCCCUUUCCUCUUACGUUUCCAUCAACUCGGACACUGGUGUCCUGUACGCACUGCAUUCCUUUGACUACGAGCAGUUCCCAGACCUACAACUGCAAGUGAUAGCGCGUGACAGCGGGGACCCGCCACUCAGCAGCAACGUGUCACUGAGCUUGUUCGUGCUGGAUCAGAAUGACAACGUCCCCGAAAUCUUGUACCCCACUCUCCCUACCGACGGUUCUACUGGAGUGGAGCUAGCACCCCGCUCAGCAGAGCCUGGCUAUCUGGUGACAAAGGUGGUGGCAGUGGACAGAGACUCAGGACAGAACGCCUGGCUGUCCUACCGUCUGCUAAAGGCCAGCGAGCCAGGGCUCUUCUCCGUGGGGCUGCACACGGGCGAGAUAAGCACGGCUCGGGCCCUGAUGGACAGAGAUGCUCUCAAACAGAACCUCGUAGUGUCUGUGCAGGACCACGGCCAGCCUCCUCUCUCUGCCACUGUCACGCUCACUGUGGCGAUCGCCGACAGCAUCCCCGACGUCCUGGCAGAUCUAGACAAUCUAGAAUCUCCUUCCACCUCCGAAACUUCAGGGCUCACUCUCUAUCUGGUGGUGGCCGUGGCGGCGGUCUCCACCGUCUUCCUGGUCUUUGUUCUGGUGCUGCUGGCGCUCAGGCUGCGGCGCUGGCACUCACUGCGCCUGCUCCGGGCUGGGGGACCCGGAUUGGCUGACGUUGCAGCCUCUCACUUUGUGGGCGUAGACGGAGUGCAAGCUUUCUUGCAGACUUAUUCGCACGAGGUCUCGCUCACUGCGGGCUCCCGAAAGAGUCACUUGAUUUUCCCGCAGCCCAACUAUGCAGACACGCUCAUCAGCCAGGAGAGCUGCGAGAAAACCGAGCCUCUUUUACCAUCGGGUGAUUCGGUUUUUUCUAAAGACAAUCAUGCAUUAAAUCAGCAAGCCCCGCCCAACACUGACUGGCGUUUCUCUCAAGCCCAGAGACCCGGCACGAGCGGAUCCCAAAAUGGUGAUGAAACUGGCACCUGGCCCAACAACCAGUUUGAUACAGAGAUGCUGCAAGCCAUGAUCUUGGCCUCUGCCAGCGAAGCUGCUGAUGGGAGCUCUACCCUGGGAGGGGGCGCUGGCACCAUGGGUCUGAGCGCUCGAUACGGACCCCAGUUUACCCUGCAGCACGUGCCUGACUACCGCCAGAACGUGUACAUCCCUGGCAGCAAUGCCACGCUGACCAAUGCCGCUGGCAAACGAGAUGGCAAGGCUCCAGCAGGUGGUAAUGGCAACAAGAAGAAAUCGGGCAAGAAAGAGAAGAAGUAAUAUGGAGGCCAGGCCUUGAACCACAAGGCAGCCUCCCUCCCCAGCCAGUCCAGCUCGUCCUUACUUGUACCCAGGCCUCAGAAUUUCAGGGCUCACCCCAGGAUACUGGUAGGAGCCAGGGCCAUGCUCCCCGUUGGGAAACAGAAACACGUGCCCAAGCCAACACCCCCUCUCUAUACCCUAGGGAGUUGAAUAUGCAAAGAGAGUUCUGCUGGGACCCCCCUAUUCAAUCAGUGAUUGUACCCACAUGGGUAGCAGGGUUUGUGUGUGUGGACAUACACACACACACACACACACACACACACAAACCAUGCCACACUCCCUUAGUUACAGCUGAACUCCUCCAUCUUCCAACCCAGGCAGGCUUAUCCAUCUCCUGCCGCCCUCUCCCCACCCCACCCACUCCUUCAGUCCCUCUCUUUGAGCAAGGUAGCUGGGCUGUUGGGGUGACCGGUGAGCUAAGCCGGCUCCUAGUUCUGAACGGUAGGGAGAGUAUUACAAUCUUUUGGCCUCUCCUUCAGUUCAGCUUUCCCCCAAAGCAUGGUUUGGUACCAGUCUUCUCUUUUCCUUCCAGAGCCUGAGACCAAUGCUUAAGUUUUGGGGGAACAGGCACCCUCCCUCUGGUACUGAUGAUGCUUGCUGGAUUUUGGGAAGGCAUUUUGCUACUAAGCCUCUUUUCAAUGCCUGGGGACAACUAGUCUUUUGUUUUUCAUUGUUUGAUGUUCCCACUGCAUGCUGUGACUUCCCUACACCUCAAAGAAGAGACUCCUUUGCAUGUCUGGAGACAGUAGGGGGUGGUAAACUAAAGGGAAGUUGAGAGUGUAUACUGCUGGGAGUGGGGCAGUGGACAAAACAGCCUGUUAAUAGGGUCUUGCAAGGGGCUCUGUAUGUACCCAGGGGACUGGCUCAAUCCUCACAUUCUAGCCAUAGACAAACACCAGGCCAGACCCCUCCAUUCUGGUUCAGCCUGGGCAGCUUGGGCUGAGCCACCAGGACCAAUGGAUUUAAGCUGACAUUUCAGUCCAAGACGACGACUUCUAAGUGAGUUUAAGACCAGAGAGGAAAGAGGGGCCUCUGUGGGUGCUGGGUACUCCAGAGGUGCCCUUGGUGGGAGGACCAGUGGUCUUAGCAGGAAGGGGGGCCCAGCAAGGUCAUUCUUGGACCCUGGGUCUAGUCCAGUAGCUAGAAAAAGGGACCAAGUGGCCAUAAAGUCCCAGCCAAUGAUGGGGCUUUUCCAGUGGGCCCCUGUAGACCUCAAGCCCCUGGCCUCCACCUUACCAGGUGCCAUUUCUUCUCAGAAGGCCACUGCCCAGGCCCCCAGGCCGCCCCCUUGUGGCCAGAGAACGGUUAAAGCCCCCCAGUGCCUCCUUGUGCAUAGAACUUCCUCUGCCCUAGCCCUUACAGUAGUGUAGAAGAUCCCCCUCCCCCGCUGGUGUAGAAUAGCCAAUAGUAUAGUGUGGUGUGCUUUUACGUGAUGGCGAGUGGGCAGCGGGCGGUGGGCUGUACACAGCCGUCUGUCCUUUGAAUCUCAAUCUGCCUGCGCGGCCCGUGCUGUGUUUUGUGCUGUGUCCACACGCUGCGGCGACCCCUCCCUGUACUGACUUCUCUAUAAAAAGCUUCUCUUCGCAUAGUCACGUAGCUCCUGCCCAUCCCCCUUCCGAUAUCUCUCGCAAGUUUUAUACUCUAAUAUUUAUAUGGCUUUUUUCUUCGAAAAUUAAAAAUAAAAAAAUGGUUUCUUCUGAAA